AUGACGAAGCCCAUAGUGGUGGAACAGAUUCGGGUGCUCAAGAUCCAGGUGGACGAGAUACUCUCCACCAAAUUCAUAGAUGAUCAGACGCUGAUGCGGACCAUCAACCUAGCCCAGGAAAUGUUUUCCAGCUUGGUGUUACUGGAGACCAAUGUCAUUCUCGACAACCCGCAAAUGCAGUCGCAAGAGUCGCUUGAAAAGACGACCCUGAUAGCUCAUCUCCUGAACCAGGUCUGGAAGGACUUCCACCACCCGGUUCUGAAACAUUUUCAAGCUCAGUUUUCUCACUUUGCCAAGAGCAAAAAGAUGCCUGCUAAUGCGCCUAAGGGUGGACGGAAACAACGUCUGGUGAAUCCAGUCGGGGCCAGAAAGUUGUUUGACAAAUUUGUCAAGGUGAUAAAUUCAGCCCAUCUGUUCUACUUCACCUUGGUGAAAGAGCUUCUGUCCUCGUGCUAUCUGUCCUCCAAAAUACCAACGAGGAAGAUCUGCCAAACUUUGAAGAUGACACUGGAGAAUGUCAGCACUAGGAUGGUGCCUUUGGAGUGCAUAGUUCCCAUUGCUACAGCCGUGCACCGGUGCACUCUGUACAUAGGCGAUCUCUCCAGAUACAGGGCAUUAAUUGCAAAGAAGUAUCUACCAUCAGAUGCCAUCUCUAAGGAGGAUAAUAAUAACUACAGCAAGUCUAUAGAGCUGUACAAGUUGGCGCUGCUGAUUCUACCCUCCAACGGUGAUCCAUUCAACCAUAUUGCUCUGGUCGAUAAUUUGAAGGACGAUAAGUUCAACGUGGUUUACAACUUCAUGAGAUCAUCUUCCACGAGAUAUUUUUGCGAGGCGGGUAUUUCAAAUCUGUUCAGCAUGUUGCUGAAGUUCACCAACUCCCAUCCGAUCCUGGAUGACUUCAGCCAGCUCUACAACGAACAACGCUCCACCCUAACCAAGAGUGAUAAGUUCAAUCUGAUCAAGAUGGAGUUUAUCUGUCUUGUUAAUUACCAUCUUUUCCCAAAGAAAUGGGGAGAAGGUGAAGGAAUCACGAGAGGUGGAUACGAGGUGGAGGCUAUCGAGAACGAGUUUUACGGCUACCUGAAAGAGUUGGAUUACCAUAAGCAGAUUAACAACGAUUUCAUCUUCAAGCAACUGGUGAUCCUGAUAGGUGGCUACGGGUUGCUGACAGAUGUUCAGAACGAAAAUUUCACGUCCUCCAAAGAGCAAUACCUGGGCUUCGUCUUCAGGGAGAUCUCAACGAUUCUGUUCAUAACUCUCAAAGGCUGGGAUAAGUCUGAUCUGAAUCUGAGCAUCAUUUUGCUACCAAUACUGCGACUGAUCCUAUGUUGGUUUGUCGCCAAUCCUGAGGUGUUUGCGUAUGCGAUGAAGUGUGAGCUAAUCAUGACGCGGUUUGCGGCUGUCUUUAAUCUGGGUGCUGAAUAUUUCGAAGUGCAAGGCUUCGACAAGUUUGACUUGACGUUCAGUGGAAGACUGAAACUUCCGGAAGAUCCGAUAUCUCGCUUUUUGGACACUCCUCCACAGAGACUGAGACUUUUCAAAGAAGAUGUCUUGCUCAGAGAGUUCAGACCCAUAGGCUACCACAUGCAAGACUUUGACGACAGAAGGUAUAUUUUUUCUGCUGAUAACGAGGAGACUUGCUUGGCUCAAAUCGGAGAGUUUUUUGACAAAGAACAGAAAGCUUUCAAAGCCGAGGAGUCGUAUCUUCGUCUGGUUGCUAUCGUCACCACAUGGAGAAGACUCACUCAACAGAAUGACGUUGGUAUUUCAUCUGGUACGCUUUCUCAUCGCUUCAACAUUUCGCAAGAACUGGUGGAAAAGCACCUGGCCGGUCUUGUGUCCUGCGAGGAAGAUCAAAGUGAUGCUGCCAAAUACAGCCACAUGGUUUCCACUAUUGUGGAUGACGAAGAUGAUGAAGGAAUGAGCGAGUCCUCUGGCACGAGCAGUGCAACUCCAAUCUUAUCUGACGGAAAACCGUCCUCUUUCAAAACGGUUUGGUCUGAGAGGUCAGCUCCUACCAUUUUUGGUCCAUCUACUCCGUUGGUUUUUGGAAGUUCAGAAUUCCCAGUAUCCACCCAGAGUUAUCAGCUUGAGUACAAUCAAAAUGGCAUUCAGCAUAGCGAAAACGUACAGCCUCAUUCAUUUGGCAACGGACAAUUCAAUAAGUUUGGCUCGAAUGGCUCUGUCAGCAGUUGGCCAAGCUCAACCACGAAGUCCGAAAUACCUGCGAAUUCAAAUAACUCUUUCAGCCGUUCGGUGAUGUCACAAUACGGAGACAAGUUUGAAUCUCCUUUUUUUAAAACGGAUUUUUGCAAACAGGAAAGCCACUCUAAUGCCCAUGGAGGGUUCAGCUUUGGAAACUAA